UCUUUCUCUCGUUUUCUGCACCUCCAUUGGCUGAGACUAAAACUGCUGCUUGAAACUAGCCUGCUUCCUGAAUGGCAAACACUUUGUGUGACAGGAAAUAACACUGACAGAACCAAGGUCAGUCACAUAUCUACUGAAAAAGAUCAAAACAAAAACAAAUGAGGACAAAAUAUAUUUAACUCCUAGUUGGACACAGUUCAGUUUAGGUUCCAAAGGCUGUGGCGAAAGACAACCGGGCCACAGAGGAGCUUUUGAACCCACACUGUGAGUUAUGUCUGCUGGACAGAAAAACACUCCGCGAGACCCUACAUGUCAAAGUGGAACUGUUUGUUUCUCAAACCCUUUGAUGAGUGAUGUUGAAUCAGACUGGUCUCCAAUUCACGAAGCAGCCUUUAACGGACGUCUCCUCACCCUGCAAAAGCUCAUUGAUCAGGGUGCAUGUGUAAAUCUGAACACUCUGGAUAUGGCCUCACCCCUUCAUGGGGCGUGUACACAAGGUCACACGGCUUGUGCCAAGCUUCUGAUGGAAAACGGUGCAAAUGUAAACAGCUCAACUGUGGAUGGAAAAACUGCCCUGACAGAAGCAUGUGCUCAGGGGCACGUGACCUGUGAAUCGCUGCUUCUUCAACAUGGAGCUGCUUCCCUGGGGACCAGCCAGUCCAGUUCUCCAAUUCAUAUAGCUGCAACAAAAGGUCAUCCUGAGUGCAUUGAACCUCUUGUUCAGUACGGAGCAGAUGUGGAUCAGCAUGUUGACGAGUUAGGAACCCCUCUCCAGAUUGCCUGCUCCAAUCAGCAUCUGAGCACCGUGAGGAAACUAUUGCAGCUGGGUGCAAAUGUGAACAGCAGCGUGUCUGGGGACUCGCCUCUGCACAUGGCCGCCCGUCAGUCCAGCCCUGAGUUGACAUCCGUCCUGCUUGAACAUGGGGCGGAUCUCUUCCUUAGGAACUCAGGGGGCAGGCAGCCACUGGACCUCGCUCCGCCCAACAGCCUUACAGAGAGACUUCUGAAACAAGCAGGAGGAGUGUCUCCUCUAAUGCAGCUGUGCCGACUACACAUCAGGAAAGCUGUGGGCAACAAGAGGCUGGGUGCGAUUUGUGACCUUCAGUUACCCACAGAACUGAUAGAGUAUCUGCUCUACCAAUCAGACCCAAGGGGAGAUCUUAAUGCGCUGAAAUUCCUCAACCCUGCAACCUCAGAUUUUGAGUCUUAAAAGUUUUUGGUCAAUAGGGGGCAGACUUGUAUAAUCUUACAUGGUGGCAACAACGUCCUUGCUCCUGGUUGAUGAUGAACCACAAUGUCGGAAUUACUUUCAGUGAAAGAUAUCCUAUAUCUUUGUUGCUUCCCUCAGGAAGGGAGGCUGGAUGGGAAAGACAUCAAUUAGUCUUGAUGUUUAAUACAGGUGGAUGAUGCGCACAAGCUACCAGACGUUAGGCUACUAAAAAAACUCUUUUUUUUUACUCCUUUAAGUUUUUGUUCAUAGAUAUUUUAUGUUUCGCUUAGAAAUGUGUUGCUCUUAAUAGUAAGGCAAAUAAAAACGCACUACUGAAUGCAAUGAUUCCUGUUCAUACCUUUUUUAUUACUCAAGUUUAAGACAAAUAUUCUAGUGUUAAGAUAUCUUACUAAUGACUUACUGAAAAAGCUGCUGCACUCUUAAAGAGUACAUUUGAACAGAAAAACAACAUAAUUAGAAGCACAAUGGAUAAAACUAAAAUACCCGAGCCCAGAAAAAAGUGAACUUCCUCUGUUUAUCAUGUGAAUUAAUCUUAUGUCAUCAUUUCAGUAAAGCCUAUUUUUACAUAAACACAAUCA